CAAACAUCGAGUAGGCUACGCGUCUCGAAGCCUACUGGAUCGGUCCUCGCUCCGUUCGCUCGAUAACAAAAUAACGACACAAACACAAACGCAAUCGCUUCCAAACGAAACUCCAAACGCAUAUCCGAUCGCUGCUCGCAAGUCACACUCGAAUCGCACGGGAAAACGAUGGAUAAGGAGAAAGACGCGCUCGGCUUUCCAGCAAACCGCCGUUAGGGAAAAAUGGUGCGGUCUCGCGACUUCCUAUCCGUAUAAAAAUGAUAAUGACGACGGCGUUUUAGCCAGAUUUGUUCCGGUCACAAUUCGGAAUCGUUCGCUGAGAAAUUCUAUUUUCGAUAGUUUCGUCAAAAUGUGCUUUUGUGCCGCCGGCGGGUUCUCUGCAGCUUGCAGGAAAAAGCGGAGGUGGUUCCGAUGUGCUGUUGUUUCGAUUGUGUUUUGUUUUUGUUUGGGCGCCGCCUCAGCGGGAAAUCAUACGAGGAAUAAGCGCGAAAGUUUCACGGAAAGUUUGGAAGUGUAUCUGAUGAACUACGGCUACAUGGAGAAAUCGAAAGAUGGCGCGUUCGCCCUGCGAACGGAGGAGUCCGUGCAAAAUUCCCUGCGGGAUUUACAGGAAUUCGCCGGGCUGCCGGUCACGGGCCGGCUCGACAACAGGACCUUGCAGUUGCUGGGCAGGCCGAGGUGCGGCAUGCCCGACAGGACUUACAAGUCCAGGAGGCGCCGGUUCACCAUACACGGCUCCAAGUGGCCCUACACCGAUCUCACCUGGAGCGUGAGAACGAAAUCAGUGAACAAUUUAAAUCACUACGAUGUCCGAUAUGUCAUCUCGAAGGCUUUGGAGGUAUGGUCGAAGCAUUCCAAGUUAACGUUCACCGAAGUGGACAGCGACAAGGCCGACAUACUCAUCUAUUUCCACAGGGGCGCGCACGGCGACAGUUUUCCGUUCGACGGGCCGGGAAAGGUUCUCGCUCACGCUUUCUUCCCCACGGGAGUCAAAUCGAGCGUCGAGGUGCACUUCGACGCCGACGAGAAAUGGACGACUUCGGUGGAAAAUGAGGACGGGACAAAUCUCUUUAAUGUAGCCGCCCACGAAAUCGGGCAUUCGCUGGGACUUUCGCAUUCCAACGUCGAAGAUGCCCUAAUGUAUCCUUGGUACAAAGAAAUCGAAGACGGUUUCAAUUACGAAUUGCCCGAAGACGACAAGCAAGCCAUACAAGUCUUGUAUGGUUCACCGGAUUACCGCAGCAAAUGGGCGAAAAACCCCCGGUUCCAUCACACCACCACAACCACAACCACCACCACCACCACCACAGCGAGACCGAGAGCGGUCACGCACCGCCCGAAGCGCCCCCACGAACCGCGCUUCCCCUUCAACCACCCCUCGCCCAAACCCAUGAACCCCAACAAAAAACACACCACGACCGUCUUCAACCACCAGCCCGACUGGAGGAAACACAAACACCCCGAUCGGCGGUACCCCACUCGGACGCCUUACAGGCCGCCGGAGACGUACCCGCCGAGGUUCCCCCUUCGAACGCCGCCGCCCAGGACGCGGACGUACCCGCCCAGGACGAACCCGCCGCCCACCUACUACCCCCCGAGGGUGCCGCUGUACCCCGAGAGACCCGCCACCUCCACGGGGAACCCUUACACGGAGACCACUGCAGCUCCGCCGGCCACUUGCGAUACCAGUUACGAUGCUAUUUCUGUUAUCAGGCGCGAUGUUUUCAUAUUCAAAGAUGCGUACUUCUGGAGAAUAGGAGAGACUGGGUUGAUGCCCGGAUAUCCGGCUUUAAUAAGGAGACUUUGGUACGGAUUGCCUAGUACUCUUACGCACGUUGAUGCCGUUUACGAGCGAACUGAUGGUAGAAUUGUGUUCUUUAUCGAUGAUAAGUAUUACGUGUUCCUGGAUAAUCACGUGGAAAAUGGUUACCCGAAACCGCUGACUCAUUUAGGAAUUCCUCGGGAGAUUACCCACAUCGAUGGUGCAAUGGUGUGGGGCCACAACACCAAAACGUACUUCUACAGCGGCAAUUUAUAUUGGAGAUUCGACGAGGAUGUACAAAAAGUGGAAUUGGACUAUCCCAGGGACAUGUCGAUGUGGAAGGGCGUCGGGCCCGAUAUCGACGCCGUGUUCCAAUGGAAGGACGGCAAAACUUACUUCUUCAAGGGCAAAGGGUUCUGGAAAUUCAACGAUUACUACAUGCGCGUGGAGCACAAAGAACCGAAGCCGUCGGCGCCGUUCUGGAUGGGCUGCGGCACGAAUUUGAAUUCCACCACCACGGGAUACGGACAGACCGAGUCCAGUUCGAGAUAUAGCCCGUCGAUCGGCGAAAAAAUGCCGUAUAAAUCUUCGUCAAACAGUUUGAGUUCGAUCGGCGUUUGCGCGGCCGUCAUCCUCGGCGCGUUUCUUGGUAAAUGCUUAUAAUUGGAUUUGAUAUUUUUGUAAUAGACUUGGCAACUUUUCGCAUGAAGCUUUUAUCUCGGAAACGUAAAGGACAUUCGCGCUCGCUAGGCAAUGACGUCAUUUUUAGACGACGUCGUU